AUUUCAUGUUCUCAGGAUACUUGGGGCUUAAAUAACCCCAACAUUAAAAAAAUCGUAUACACAAACGUUUACUGAAGUGCUAAAAAUGUGCUUUUAAGGCAUGUUUUGUUCGCUAUUCCAUUGCGCCAAUCUCCCUUUACAAACGUAGUAGUUUCACUUUGUCUUCGUUUCUUCGACUCUACAAACCCAAAUUACAAAUUAUAACACAUCGACACUCUAGUAUAUCAAUUUAUCUUAGAUUCGGCUUAUGAAAAAUAUGAUUUGAACUGCAAUUAAACACUAAAAAACGACACUUAUUAGGCCGGUGGAGUUGCAUACAUUAGCAUACUUUCCGCUGCAGCUCAAGACAGUCGAAGCAGGCCUAAAUGUUAAUUAAUUAAGUCCUAUUUAUAUGAAAAGGUUGUUUUUUUUUUCAUCAAAACGCCGAAUUAAGCUACGACUUUCAGAGUUUAAAUGCGCUUUAGAUGGAGGUUUGUAUUUGAAAAGGCAACUUAAUAAGUCGGAGAGCGAGGUUAGUCGGUCGGUGCUAAGCUAACGACUCUUACCUGGCUAACGACCUAAAGCGGCCGGCAAAGGGUGCCGUGACAGCCGCAAAGUCAGUCCGAUCCGCCCGAGGACCACUCACCGGUCGAGAUGGCGGAUGAUGGCGGAUCGAGCUCCUGCCGGGCUGGAAGAUGGUCACAGCAACUGUCAGGACUUCCUAACAAGCUCCUGCAGCGUCUGAUGCCCUUCCAAAGAGAGGGUGUGGAGUUCGCCUUGUCUCUGAACGGACGAUGCAUGAUUGCUGAUGAGAUGGGUCUCGGGAAGACGGUGCAGGCCAUCGCGGUGGCAUAUGCCUACAGGCAGGAGUGGCCUCUGCUGGUGGUGGUGCCAUCCUCCCUCAAAUACCCCUGGAUCGAGGAGCUGGAGAGGUGGAUCCCGGAGCUGCAGCCUGGAGACAUCAAUUUGGUGGAGAACAAGAGCCAAACCACGGGGAUCUGCAGCUCAAAGGUGACGGUACUGGGUUACGGCCUGCUCACCACAGACGCGCGCCCCCUAGUGGAGGCUCUUACCAGACAGCGCUUCUCUGUGGUGGUGGUGGACGAGUCGCAUUACCUCAAAUCCCGGAACGCUGCUCGAACAAAAAUCCUGGUACCUCUAAUUCAGAGUGCGAACCGAGCUAUUCUGUUGACCGGAACUCCAGCCCUGGGCCGACCCGAAGAGCUUUUUAUGCAGAUCGACGCCCUCUAUCCCAGGAGGUUUGGGACCUGGACAGACUAUGCCAAGAAAUACUGCAAUGCCCAUUACAGGUACUUUGGGCCUCGCAGGCAGUGGGACUGCCGCGGGGCGUCCAACCUGGAGGAGCUGCACCGGCGGCUGAGUCAGAUUAUGAUCAGGCGGCUCAAAGCUGACGUCCUCACUCAGCUGCCCCCUAAAAUCCGCCAGCGCAUCCCUUUUGACCUGCCGAAGGAGGCAGCAAAGGAAGCGGCGGCCAGCUUUGCCGAGUGGGAGAGGCUGAUGAAGGGCCUGGGAUCGGGGGUCGCAGACAACCCCUUCACAGAGGUCAUGAGCCUGGUGACUCAGAUGUACAAGCAAACCGCCAUCGCCAAGGCGGGAGCUGUGAAGGACUACAUUAAGAUGAUGUUGGAGGCGGAGCAGCUGAAGUUCCUGGUGUUCGGGCACCACCUUACCAUGCUGCAGGCCUGCACCGAAGCUGCCAUCGAGGCCAAGGCUGGUUACAUUCGAAUCGAUGGCAGUGUACCAGCAUCUGAGCGAAACCAGUUGGUCCACAAGUUCCAGAAUGACCCAGAAAUCCGCGUUGCCAUUCUGAGCAUCCAAGCUGCUGGUCAGGGUUUGACCUUCACCGCCGCCAGCCAUGUGGUGUUUGCCGAACUGUACUGGAACCCCGGUCACAUCAAGCAGGCGGAGGAUCGCGCCCACCGCAUCGGGCAGACGUCCUCCGUCAACGUGCACUACCUGAUCGCCAAGGGCACCUUUGACACCGUCAUGUGGUCCAUGCUCAACAGGAAGGAAACUGUGACUGGCAGCACUCUAAAUGGGAGGAAGGAAUACCUGAAGGCCGACGAGGGGGACAAGGACAAGUGGGAAUUCCUCAACUUUGCUGACUUAUGGAAGCCAACAGAGAUGGUGCUGCCACUGGAGGGAAACUCGGGAAAAGCCAACGAUGAUAUUUUCUUCAGUCAUUUUGAGAAAGAGAAGCAGCAUGACAUUCGUUCCUUCUUCUCCCCGAGCGCCAACAAGGAUAAGAAGAGGAGGAGAAGGGAGGACGGAGAGGCGUCUUCCAUCCCCUCAGAGGUGAACUGUGACGACGAGGACAGCAACUCUUUACCCCUCGACCAAGACUUUUCCCCACAGUUGAAAAGACUGCGAACGCCUCGACCCAGAGCGAGUCCUCUGUCGCGGGCGGGAUUAAGGAGUCCUGCGGUCUCAAUGGUGGCCCCUCGGAAGCCGUCAGAAACUGACGUGGUGUCGACGUGGAACUGUGGGGCCUGCACCUACUCGAACAGCGGCCUGCUGCCUUAUUGCGAGAUGUGCGAGUUCCCACGCUCAGCCUCGGCCCCCAAAACAGAUCCGCCACCACCCGCAGCGACCGAUCCAGGCCCGGACCGCCCGCCCGGCUCCGGCCAGGAGCGGCAGGGGAAAGUCAAACAGGAGGAGGAGGGAUCUCCUAAAGACAAACAGAAAGUAGGAGAAGCGGAGGAAGAGGACGAACAGAGGCUCAAAGGCAAACAUUCAUCCGGAGAGAGAGUUGACGGCAGUGGGGACCUCCCCCCUGACCACACACACGACUGCAGAGCCGUGGCGUGUUUGUUUUCUGCUUCUGAUGCUAAUGGCGAUGAUGAGGGCAGGGGUGGAGAUGACGCCAGCACCACCCAACCCGUCUACCCAGGACUUCGGUUCUGCGCCAGCCAGUACACAGACCGAAUAUAUCUAUACUCUAAGGACGCAGUGCCGCUGAACCUGAGCUUCAUCCCUCUGGACAUCAAACUAACCAACUGGGACGACCUGCCGGAGGCCUUCAGCCAACACCAGGAAAAUCGAAUCCAGGUGUUGAAGGUUGUUCAGGAGUGGAGUGGCCUUCCAGCGAUGAAGCAGAAGCUGCUUCGACGCAGUGGCCUCCUCUUCCACAGCCCCAGCCUGGGCCUGCAGGAGCUGACCGCCGCGCAGCGGCCCCACUCCAGCACCAAGAGGUACCUCAGCAGGGAUGAGGUUGCUCUGGCCUCCCUGAGCAAAGCCCAGCAGGAAGGAGGCAGCGUCCGGCUGGUCACCAAGGAGAACUUCUUCACUAAGAGGAAGUCUGCGUGUUGGCGAGCAGCAGCCGCUGCAGAGAGUUCGAAUGACGAGCAGCCCAGUGCGGCGACGGACCGGCCGCCGCCAACAGAGGCCGGAUACCUCCAGGCCACAGACAGUUGUGGCGUUCCUCUGUGUCUGUCAUGCCAGCAGGCCUGCCUCACCACUGGGGGGCCCUGGGACACUCGCUUUUGUAGCAACAACUGUGAGAAGGAGUUCCUGUUGCGCUCGAGCCAAACGUACAUGCGGUCCCAGGUCCUGGAGGCGGAGAAAGGAGUUUGUCAACAUUGCGGCCUCCACGCCCACGAUCUGUUCCUGAAGAUCCGUGACGCUCCUCCCUCCCAGAGAAAGGAGAUGCUGGAAAACACCUGGCUGGCCCAGCUGCCUCUCAAACAGCUGAAUGAGAUGAUCCGGGCUCCGGUGGAGGGGGAUUUCUGGCAGGUUGACCACAUCCGGCCAGUGUACAGCGGAGGAGGACAGUGCUCCCUGGAUAACCUGCAGACGCUCUGCACGGUCUGCCACAAAUCUCGGACGGCGCAGCAGGCCAGAGAACGUAGCCAGAUGAGGAAGAGUGCUGCUGCUUCCAAGGUUGCGUCAGACAUCACCCAAUUCUUCUUCAAGAAAUGAGAAGAUGAAGGUCUUUUGUAGUGUAGGUACAGAUUAGGGCUUCUUCGUAUCAUGAAAACAUGUAAGAUGUAAUAUGUUCCAAUACUGGGAUGACAAAAUAGUCAUGACAUUUUUUAAAGAAAUAGCUGUUUUGAGAGGAAAGAAGGUCCAUCCAACUUAUGAUAUUUACAUAUUGUUUAUCUCCCCGUUUUGCCUAUUUUAACAAAGAUAGCCUCUGCUGAUGUAAUUGGCCAUCCUGGUUAUGUUUUUUUAGCCAGGUUACCACCUAUGUCGGUCAAGUCUGUCUGUGUUUUUAUCAAGUUAGCCUUGGCUACUCAAGUUAAUUUAUACCAGGCAAGUUAGCCUAUGCUAGCCUUGUUAGCCUGUGUUCAUCAACUUAAUCUUUGCCGGUCACAUUAGUUUAUACGAGUUAAAUUUGCCUACGCUAUGCAACGUUGACCUGAACUGGUCGAGUUAGCCUGUGUUCACCAAGUUAGCUUUUCCUGGUCACGUUAGCCUAUACAAGUCAAGUUUGCCUAUGAUUGCCAAGUUAGCCUGAACUGGUCGAGGUAGCCUGAAUUUGUUAUUGUUCAUCAAGUUAGCCUUUGGUGGUCAUGUUAGCUUAAAAAGUUCAUCUAUACAAUCCACAUUAGGCUACAUUGGUCAAGUUAGCCUGAUCUAGUGGAGUUAACUUGUGUUUAUCAAGUUAAUCUGUGCUGAUCGCAAUUGCCUAUACAAGUCAGGCUUGCCUAUGCUAGGCACAUUAUCCUAAACUCGUUGGGUUAACCUUGAACUAGUUAAAUUACCCUGUGUUUAUCAAGUUAGCCUUUUGCUGGUCACGUUACCCUAUACCAGCACAUUUUGCCUAUGCAAGCCACAUUAGCCUUUACCAGUCGAGUUAGACUUUGCUAGUCAAGUAAUUAUGCCACUUUACAAGGGUUGGCAUCCACCAAGGUUGACUUUUAAACAGUCGAUUUCUCAACAAAACACAUUUUUUGUUUCAUGUAGCAGCAAAAUAGUUGCCCUCAGAUAAACCAGCCUUUUAUAAUGGGCUAAAACAUGGUAAAUAUAUUAUUAACGGCAAUAGUUAGUCAUUAAGUAGCUGACCUAUAUUAACAAAAAUUUACCUUUUUUUUUCUCUUUCUGUUUUGAUAUUGAAAUGGCGAGGAUUUUGUGAUCAACACCCAGAAAUAAUGUCACUGUCAGACCAUAAUUCUGCCUACUUCUAUACACAUAUAUACAAAUUUUUCAACAAUAUUAGAUUAAGUAUUUGUUUUGUUCCCAUGUUUUCUAACUUGGGCAACCCUAGCGGUUUCAUUGUUUUAGGGGAAACUUCUAAACCAAAUUGUAGAUGCGAUUAGGGUUUAGUGUCCAGCCACUGGCGUCCAGAUUCCUUCCUGUCUUUCAUUCGCUCACGUCACGCUAGUCCUCAUUACGGCAAAAAAGUGCAGCUGAGGAGGUUUACCUCAAAGAAAAUGUAAAUGCAGCCAACUCCCUGUCGUCCCCGAACCGUCACCAACGAGGUGGGUUUGAUUUAUGACGACCCCCUUUCCUCGCCUCCGGGCUGAAGUGGAGCAGGUUGCUCGGAGAGACGUGGCUUUUUAAAGGUUUUGCAAACUUGGUAAAAAAGAAGCAGGUAAGAUGAAUGAAGGGGGUGUGAAGAUAAAACCAGGUGUCCUCAUUGGUGUUUUCAACAUGUGGCGCCUUAUACGUCUUCCUUUUUUUUUUUGAUGGAUGCUUGAGAACUCCCUGGUGAAAUAAAAUGUUCCGUCCCAUUGAGCUCUUUUGCUUCUUAAACCACAGUUUGGAAUGUAAAUACACUGAGAUGUUGCUGCUCUCACAGUAGUGCUUCAUUUCAUUGCCUCAAGUCAGGAACAUCAUUGUCCACGUGUCUGCGUCCUCUCCAGCUGUGCCUGAUGAUCUGAGCAGAAUGUACCGGCUAUGUUUAGAGAGAUGGAGAGCCGGGUUACUAUGGAAACAAGACUUUGGGUUCAGCCAUGUCGGGGAUAUUGAAUGUGUUUCUUUUUGUGUGUGUGCGUGAGGUUACACAAUGAGCCAGACAUCAGAAGGUCCAAUCAAUACCGGCAGGCUCCUGUGAAAACGAGGCCUUCGCAUUCCUCCACAGCGCAAUUCCGCUUCCCCGUUAGGCUCCAUCAUCGACGCCCCUGUGUCACAAUUUGUCCGCCUGUCAGCCGUGUCAAACCCCUAACUCAGCAAAUCCCCGCCAUUGCCGGGAAAGUUUGAGCUUUUCCCUGACAGCUCCAACUUCCCACAGCCUAUCAGCGCGGAGAGGAAGAAGCCACAGCGUCAAACUCUGCGUGAAUGCGUAGGUGUGUGUGUAUUUCCCCUACGGCUGCUCCAGGUCUCCACUUAAUAAGACCGUCGUUCCUCUCCUGUCCAAACCGACAAGCUUUGAGAGUAAUGAACAUCUCCCAUGCAGGCCUCCGACAACAGCAGGUUUCAGUGUCAGUCCCUGUCAGCAGUCAAUGACUCUGAUCUGCUGCUUUAUUGCACCCAAAAGGUAUGCAGUAGACGAGAAAAUCUAGCUGACUUUGUGUUAGUCAUAAAUAAUCGGUGCGUUUGGAUGGGAAGUCAUAAUGAUCCGGUCUGUGGGGCCGUUUGCUUGGGAAAACAGCCCAAAGGACAAACACCACCCCCUGCAGGUGUAAUAAAACGGACUCAAACAAAUGCCGGACGGCCACCAGGGGUUUGCGUGUUUGCCGUCUGACACGCAUAUCCCUCCCCGACUUCUCCUCUAAAGCUAUCACCGGAACAAAUCCAAACUCCUCCGUCAGGAGACUUCAACACCUUUUGCUCCAGAGAACAGAAACACCUUCUUUUUUUUUAACAGGUUUCAUAGCAACAGCACGCGCCGCGCAUGUCUGACAGCUAAAAUUAACCGCGCAAAUUUUCAGCGGAAAUAAGCACACGCAAUUAAAUAAAAUCACAGGAAACUGACAGGGAGAAGAAAGUGGAUAAAAUGAAAGUGGAAUGCGAAGAAAAUGGAGCUAACGCCUUAGAAUGUGCAAAGCAGUGCUUGAAAUAUGAAAUUUAGCUCAUUAAAACACUGAUUUAAAUGGUGGAAAUCUCCAUCAUGCUGAGUUUUCAUUGAAAUGAAUCAAAUAAACAAAACACACGUGAGAACACCCCCCCCCAUUGUUGGGUCUUAAAAUGAGGCAAAUACAAGCUCAGAUUAACAACAAUGCGCAUUACAUCUUGCCAAUAUUUGCUGAACUAAAACUAAGCCGGCCUGCUUAGCACCCCCAUAAUGUUCCUGCAGGAAUGAAAAACAUGCAGGUGGUGGUAAUCCCGUGCAGUUGAUUGAUCUCCAUCAGAUGGGAGCUCUGCUGUGAACGUUCUGUCAGCUCGGGGCUGUGGGACGUUCUGGUGCCACAAAGAGAAAAGGCGUCUGCAGCAAUCUGUAAGAAUAAGCUGGAGGUGUCUGUUGAGCUGGGAACGUUGUGAGACGACUCCAACAAUGUGGGAUCCAUCGUUCUUUGGUGAUGAGGAUCAUUCCGAGAGGAAAACAUUCAGGGGGUCUGACAGUCUUCGCAGGAGUGGACCCGUUGACUGUAUAUGAGAACUGGACUGAGUGACCCCUGCCCCCACCCUCACGUUUCCAACAGGAAGUACCCGCUGUAAAUCCCACAGAAUUUUAUAGAGCAGGCAUGUCCAAAGUCCGGCCUGUGGGCCAAAUGCGAUCCUGUCAUGAAAUAAAAACUGUGCGGUGCAAUAAAGUU